GUCUCCGGCAGACAUAUUGCUUACAGGAGCAAAUUCUGGAAAGCUAGAAGUGGGGAAAGGAUUUAAAAUUGAUUUACAUCUUCGCCACCCGAUACAGUCAAACUACACAGGACACAAUGGAGCCGUCAGCCAGUCCGGCCAAGGAUAACUACAGGAUGAACCGCUACAAGAACAAAGCACUGAAUCCCGAAGAGAUGAGGCGCAGGAGAGAGGAGGAAGGCAUCCAACUCAGGAAACAGAAACGAGAACAGCAGCUUUUCAAGAGGAGGAAUGUGGAUGUUCUCAAUGAAGAGGAAGCCAUGUUUGAGAGUCCACUGGUCGACUCUUACCUCAGCUCUCCAGUAACAGAAGGAGUUAUUACCAGAGACAUGGUUGAGAUGCUUUUCUCAGAGGACCCAGAGCUUCAGCUCGCCACAACACAAAAGUUCAGAAAACUACUUUCCAAAGAGCCUAACCCACCGAUUGAUGAAGUCAUAAGCACAGCUGGAGUCGUGGAGAAGUUUGUGGAGUUUCUGAAGAAGAGCGUCAACUGCACACUACAGUUUGAAGCCGCUUGGGCGCUGACCAACAUAGCAUCAGGAACAUCCAUGCAGACGAAGACGGUGAUCGAGGCUGGAGCAGUGCCGAUCUUCAUAGAACUACUUAACUCGGACUUUGAGGAUGUCCAAGAACAAGCUGUGUGGGCCUUGGGUAAUAUUGCAGGGGAUAGUGCAGUGUGCAGGGACUAUGUGCUGAACUGCAACAUCCUUCCACCACUAUUAAUGCUUCUGACCAAAUCCACUAGAUUGACCAUGACUAGGAAUGCAGUUUGGGCUCUGUCUAAUCUCUGUAGAGGAAAAAACCCUCCACCUGCUUUUGAAAAGGUGUCGCCCUGUCUGCCAGUACUGUCCAGGCUUUUAUUUAGCAGUGACCCAGACUUGCUGGCAGAUGCCUGCUGGGCUCUGUCCUACCUCUCCGAUGGCCCCAACGACAAGAUCCAGGCUGUCAUUGACUCUGGUGUCUGCAGGCGCCUUGUAGAACUACUCAUGCACACUGACUAUAAGGUGGCCUCUCCUGCCUUGAGAGCUGUAGGAAACAUUGUCACUGGAGAUGACAUCCAAACACAGGUGGUGUUGAACUGCUCAGCCCUGCCCUGUCUGCUGCACCUUCUCAGCAGCGCUAAAGAGUCCAUCCGCAAAGAGGCGUGCUGGACCAUCUCAAACAUCACAGCAGGAAACAGAGCACAAAUACAGACUGUAAUAGAUGCCAACAUCUUUCCGGUACUGAUCGACAUUCUGCAGAAGGCUGAAUUCAGAACCAGGAAAGAGGCUGCCUGGGCCAUCACCAACGCCACCUCUGGAGGAACACCAGAACAGAUCAGAUAUCUGGUGAACCUGGGCUGCAUUAAGCCACUGUGUGACUUGCUGACCGUGAUGGAUUCUAAGAUUGUUCAGGUCGCUCUCAACGGGCUAGAAAACAUCCUGAGGCUGGGCGAGCAGGAGGCCAAGCAGGAGAACAGCGGCACUGGAGUUAAUCCUUACUGCAGCCUAAUUGAAGAAGCUUAUGGUCUUGACAAGAUAGAGUUCCUCCAGAGCCACGACAACCAAGAGAUCUACCAGAAGGCCUUUGACCUAAUCGAGCACUACUUCGGAGUGGAGGACGAGGACAGCAGUCUAGCUCCUCAGGUGGACCAGGCCAACCAGCAGUUCCUCUUCCCCCAGCAGGAGGCCCCCAUGGAGGGUUUCCAGCUAUAAGUCAGCAGCCCUCUCCUCUAAAAUACACCACUUACCCCCUCUAUACUUUCCCAUCCCUUGGAGGACCCCCUAGAUGCCCGAUUCAUGCCACCAUGCCCACUUCCCUGGUCUGCCACCGCCCCCCACACCUCAAUCACCCCAAAAACACACACCCCCCUCCCUUUGGAGGAAAGUUAAAACUGUCCGCUUUCCAGCCUAAAAAAAAAAAAGCCCAUCUUUCUUCAUUCAUCCAACCAAUGGACUGACUUCUUGCAGGGCAGACUCUUGUUUCCUGGCCAAGGGGAGCACGCCACACAAACUCCAUUACGUUUAGAAGACAAAUUGAUCAACUCAUUGCCCAAAGUGUGAGUCUGCCCUGGCUUAAAACGCACACGCAGACAUCUUCCUGCCAUUUGAUAGUUCUUAGAUUCUCUCAUUGGCAGUAAUGGUGGUUUGUUGGUUAAUGUCUUUAUAUACACUUUAAUUUCUUUUCAGAUGGGACAUUCCUCUUUUUUAGGAUUACCCAUGCAUCCCCAUGCAGAUUCUACAGACUGGGGUGCACGAGGUGAAAUAUGCCCAGCUCCUGAUGUCACUCUGACUUAGUGCAAUUCAAAAAAAAAACAAAACAAAAAAAAUCCCUUUUUAGUUUAAUGAUUAUUUUUCCUCCCCCAACCCUUAUUUAUCUGCUCCUUUUUAGUGCUUGUGAUUUUAUUUUAUUUUUUCCAUUCCCUUUUCUUUAAUGGGAUGGCUUGCUACCAAGAGGAAUCCUGAUCAGUACGCUUAGGGCUGGUCUCUGCAUAUCUGCUGGUGGUCAAUCAGAAUAUAAGGGGGUUCAGAUGGUCCACACAAAGUCAAGGGCGUCUGAAGAGUCUGAUGCCCGAGCUAAGAAGUGUGAUUUUUCUUUUUUCCUUCUCUCUAUCUCUAUCUCUCUCUCUCUCUCGCUCAGCAUUUUUUAAGUGGGACAAAUUUUGUGGGGGAGGGAGGGAGUGGGUGGGAAGAAGUGUGAAACUUUAGAAAAUCUAAACUUAGGAAGGGCUCCGAAAUGGGAUAUUUGUAAAGGGGACUGGACUUUUAGAGGAUACGUUUAAAGACUUAAAAAAAAAAAAAAUCGAGGGUGGAAUAGUUAGAGAUCCAAUGUUCGUCGUGUGCUGUGUUAUUAAUAACAAUACAUUUGAAUUAUGAAGUGAUCUAACUAUUAAACAAGGCAUAGUUGGGGGAUUUAGGGGGAGAGGAGCCGGCAGCAGCAGCAAACCAAACUUAUUUUUAUAUUUAGAUGCAUUCAAAGGAUGGCAGAUGUUUAAAGUAGGGUGAAAAUACCUCUUGGAGUCAUGGAAAUUUUAACAAGACGCAGCGUUUAUAAUUUUGUGAUUUCACUGAACCCUAGUUUAAAUGGGUUGCUGCUGGGUAGCUUACGCCCUGUGCCCCCCUUUUCCCCUCCCCAGUUGUAUGUGGUAGGGUUUUUUUGCAUGGUGUUUUAUUACCCUGCCUACAGUCACUGAGUAUCCCUGGCCAGACACAGUUGGCACAGAGAGAGACGGAGUGAAGAAACGCUGUGGGACAUUUCUGUACGCUGCUCAGCGUCGCUCGUAAACAGCGUUUGGGAUUGAAAGCGGGAACUGGGCCGUGACAAAAUUGGUUUGGUGGUGUUAACAGUGAUAGUGUAGUGAUGGUGUUCUGUAUAGUGGUAGAGUUGAUAUAUAACCCAUGGCUUUCUGUAUCACUAUAUUUUGAAGAAUGGGAAUGACGGCUGAUAACGACAUUGCAUGGGUCCAUUGUGAUAUGUAUAGGUAUUGAUGUAAAUAGCCUAUUCUCUGCCUGGCAAGAAAAGUCUGUGCGGCUUCUUUGUCCCCCCCUCGCGGGUCUAAUAACAACCAGAGUUUGGCUAGGGAUAAAUCUCAGAUAAGUGACAAGCCUAACUGCAACAAAAAAUUCAAGUAUAAAUAUAUAUUUGAAUUUUGUGUAUUUGCAUUAUAUAUAUAGAUAUAUAUAUUUGCGCACACUUCAUGCACACUUGCAUACAACACCAGCAGACACUGUACACACACCUCACACAGAUGAGUGGCUAGUAGCAAGUAAAAUAGUUUCCAUAAUCUUUGGAUUUAAAAAAAAAACAAAUGUUAUUUUUUUAAAUUUUAUUUUAAAGGUUAGUUCCUCCAAAUUAUGAAACGCUGCCAUUUUUGGCUGUGUUUUUUUUUUUUUUUGUUGGUUUAUUUUUUUUGUUUCUGAGCACAUACUACAUUUUCUUUAUUAAUGAAAGUGUCGCCCUUGGUUCUGUUAUAAUCGAGAUUCUGUUUUAAUUGAGACAAUGAAAAGAGAUGUUUGUGGAAGUCGGAAGCAUCUCGUGGAAACUUUUUUGUUGGUUCUAGCCACAUGACUUAUGAUGGUUUAAAUUGGCCGUGUGAACCCUGACCUGGGAUCGGCUGGGCCUCUGACCGGAGCUGGUCUGGGGUCAGCGUUCAGGCUUUGUGGAUGGAGCAGAACUGUGGUCGUGUGAUGUUUGACUGACAGGCACUGUGUGAGGGAGAGGUUGAUUGACUCUAUGACUAUGUCCCAAUCAGAGUCUGGGAGCCCCUGUUCUGUGGAUUACUGAAGUAGCCCGAACUUAAAACGUGGAAAUGGAUUAAGUUUCUCUUGGUAAAAAAUAUGAAUGGAUCAGUCUGCUGAAUAUUGUCUUUUUUUUUUUUUUUUUACUAAAAAACCCCUCCUACUUUGUUGAGAGCAUGCAUUGGAUGCAGCAGUGUCCCUUUUCCCUUUUCAAUAUACCAACAUGACUUAAACCUUUAACUUACUAAUGUCAGCGCACAAUGUCCUGAUCUAAGAUGUUGCCAUUACUUGCAGUGGUUCAAGCAUUAAUUAACAGAUUAUGUUAGACAGACAGUUUUUUUUUUUUUGCGCCAUGAGUUUCAGACGUUCUCCACAGAACACGCGCGCUCCCUGUAGACAUAAGAGGUCAAAUCAUGAAUAAUUGAGCAUCAAGAACUUACCUCUACAUGACAGAUAUGUAGAGCAGCAUUUAUAACUGCAGUCUUCGAUUUUCACGGCCAAUUCUGUGCUUGGCCUACAAAUAAAUGCCAGAAUUGCAAAGUUAAGGAAAAAAAAAAUCAGUGCAUCAACCAGGAAAAAAAUAUUUAUAUUUCUGAAAGCUGAAAAAUGCACUCCUGUUCACAAAAGUGCCAAUCCGACCAACAAAGACUGGAGGUUCUUAUGUAUCUGUCUUUGACUUAUAGAUUUUUUUUUUUUUCUUUUAUAUCUUUUUAUUUACUUGAAUGUGCACACAUUUUGUGCAAAACAUUGCUGCUCUACUUUCCUUAUCUUUAAAGUUACAUUAUUUGCCAUUGUUUCUUUGGAAAAGUGGCAUUCUUUACUGUGGGCACCUAAAUAAGGAAUUUAAUUAAGGAAGUCUAAUUGUCUGGGGUGGGGUGGGGGGGAGGACUCUAUUAACUGCAUACAACUGAUCUUUCCAGCUACUUUUGCAGCUACAGUCCAUUGGCGUGAUGGUCCCCCACUAUUAUAGUCUUCUAAUGGUUUUCACUGUGCAUAUAGCAAAGCUGCAAAUAUUUUGAAUCAAAAGAAUUGAUUUCGUGCGGUGGGUACAGUAAGGUGUAACGUUUUUUUUGCUUUUUCCUGAGGUUACGGCCUGCAGCUAGUCCCUCUUUGUGCAAAAAAGGAAGUCUGCGCUGAUGGGACAUUGUAGUACUUGGAUGAGGCACAUGAUGCAAAUUGUGGAAACUUAACCGACUAUCAUAGCAGACAAUUGCAGGUACUAACCUUAUUGUCAAAGUUAGUUUACCAAAGUUUUGUCAUCCUGAAGGCUGAUUGAGAUGAUUUGUUUUCAGUAGUAGUCGUCAUCAUUGGCUUGUGUUGACCCGGUCAGAAUGACUGAGAGAUCGCUUCAGGCCAUUGAAACUCGCUUCUUUUCAUUAGAAGCUGCAAUAGGUCAGUCCCUCUCUUCUAAGAUUUCUUUUCUCUCAAAUGUAUGUACUGUUUAAGAAAAUCAGCAAAAAUAAAUCCCGAAGACUGCAAGAAAUAUUGUCCAAAAAAUCAGGCACCCCCCGGAGGCAAAGAUCCACCCUCAUGAACCGCCCUCACAGGUGACACUCCUUCCACUGGGUGGAGCGAACAGAGGCAACUACUUGACAUUUUUCUAAGAUAAAAAUCUGGGAUUCAGAAAUGAUGCAGUGAUUUACAUUAAAAAGUAUUAUAAUUUAAACUAUAUGUAUGUUCUGAUACAUUGACAGGGAUUCAGAUGCAAUUAUAAUCACUUCUGAGAAGUGGAGUAAAAGCCUCGUUAGAACUUGUCACAGGAAAACUAUAAAAUAGGAAGUGAGGAUACAAGCCUUUUUCUGCUUUUCUUGAUCUUUUUCCUGAUCAGGAUAUUCUGGGCUAUAUUUUUGGAUAAUUGUGUUUAGAGUAAAAGUUUGUCCUAGUCAGGCUGCAUGAUCAGGAACCUUGUUACCCGUAGGGGAUUGAACAGACAUCACGAAAUAUCUCAAAUCUGACUUGUCUUCCGUCCUAGAAGCUGUUCGUGUCUUUAUCAAAAUCUGAAGCCACGCCUGGCUUAAGUCAAGUAAUGUCUACGCUACAAAUGUUUACAAUGCUACAUGUUUGUAAAAAUACUUUUCAUAUGCCAUCACUGACCAGUCCCGAUGUGUUCUCUGCUCUGGUCCUCUCAUUUCUUUUACAUGUAUUUAUUUUCUCUAUUCUUGUUUAUGAUUUUUCAUUUGCUCAAAAUUACCCAUCUUAAACUGUGACUUGACUUGACUUUACCGACGGUAUGAAUGAGUGACGAGAAACUAAUACACUUCAAACUGAACAUGACACACAAACAUGAACAUGAAAAAAAAAUGCAUACAGGAAACAGCAACAAUAUUAAAAAAAAAAAAAAAAUGUAAAGAAAAUAUAUUGAAUUUAAAAUUGUUCAGUGGAAAUACUGUUCAAAUGAAAUAAAGUUAUGUUGCAACCCUUUAA